AUCUGCGCAACACCAAAUCACAGACCAAAAAAAUUCGUCAUCACAGACAAAAUUUCAUGAUCUCAUCACUGUUUCGAAGCUACAAACGAUCUCAAUAAUAUUCUCAUUUCACUAUUCUUCAUCGCGAUCUCAUCACAGUUAUCACAGACCAAAAAUCGAAGCUACAAAAAAUCACAAAUACGAUUUCAUCAAUGGGCAAAAAAAUCGCAGACCAAUGUAUCAUCCUAACUGUCCACAAAUGUUGAAGGGGAAAGAGGGAGGGCAAAAAGCGUAACCUCUUGCCAAGGAAAAAUUGAAGGAAAAAAGAGUAACCCACGAUUCCUGCAUCGAACUGCUGCUGGAGAUGGGAGAAAGGAUCUGAAUCCAUCGUGGGCACUUCUACUGGAAAAAGAAGAUGGGAGAAAGGGGAAUCUAAUCCGUCGUGGGUGUCUGGUGAGCAGCAAGGGAGAGAGGAAGGUUGCGAUUUAAAUGGGGAGCAUCCCCUCCGUCGUUAUCCCUCCCCUCUCCAGCCCUCCGUCGCAGCCCCCUAAGUGUGCUUUGGGUUCUGUUCAAGCUUAUAGAGGAUUUGUUCUAAGCUGGUUGAUAGUGAAGAAUGUCGAGAAUAAGAGACAGGACUGAGGAUUUUAAGGAUGUUGUACGGCAGACUGCCCUAUCUUUGGGAUAUGAUGAGUCGAAAUUGGCAGCCAUUUUGGCAUCUUUCAUAAUUCAUAAACCUCUACAAAGGUCAUCUUUCACAAAAGCUGCACUGAAGACGCUUGAAAGCAUCAAAGCUUUGGAACAGUUUAUGUUGAAACAUCGAAAGGAUUAUGUGGAUCUUCAUCGUACUACUGUACAGGAGAGAGACAACAUUGAGCAUGAAGUUAGUGCUUUCAUUAAAGCAUGCCAGGAACAAAUUGAUAUUUUAAAAAAUGGCAUAAAUAGUGAAGAAUCAGACUCUAAAGGAUGGCUUGGCAUAAGGGCCGAUAAUUCAAAUGUUGAUACUAUAGCACACAAACAUGGCGUGGUUUUAAUAUUAAGCGAGAGACUUCAUUCGGUCACAAUACAGUUUGAUCAGCUAAGAGCCAUACGCUUUCAGGAUGCCAUUAGUAGAGCAAUGCCUAGAAGAAAACUUAAACGUAAUGCAAAUUCAAAUUCUGAAGAUUCAUCUAAACCAAAUGCAUCAGAGCUCAGGGAGCUCAAUGAACUUCAAUCUGAUCCUCUGAGACUACAGCAGCAGCAUUUGGAUGAUGAAACACGUGCCCUUCAGGUAGAGUUGUCAAGUCUCCUUGAUGUUGUUCAAGAAACUGAAACUAAGAUGGUGGAAUUGUCAGCAUUGAAUCACCUUAUGUCCACACAUGUUUUGCAACAAGCUCAACAAAUAGAAAUUUUAUACGAGCAGGCUGUUGAAGCUACAAAGAAUGUAGAGCUUGGUAACAAAGAGUUAACCCAAGCUAUUCAGCGGAAUAGUAGCAGCAGGACCUUUCUUAUUCUUUUUCUUUUUGUACUUACCUUCUCUAUCAUCUUUCUUGAUUGGUAUAGUUGAAUGGAUUGAUCCAAUGAUUUUAAUGCUUUACUCGAGAGAAAUACAUUGUACUAUUUGUAUAUUUGAUAAGAGGAAAAAAAAAUGAUCCAAAAUUUUGUGACAA